AUGCCAACCGAAACCGGGCCUGAAAGCUCCGGCAACGAUCUGCCCCUGCCGCAGAACAUACACCUGCUGUCUUCCCAAGAGAUCUUGGAUCUGGUAACGUCUCAUAAAAGCCAGCUAGAGCUGUACGUUGCUCAGUUUGACCGUCAAGAUGAAUCGAAGACUGAGGUAUUGGGGCUGAAAACUCGAUUGGAGGAGCUGGAACAGGAGUUCAGGUCAUUAGAUGACAGAAGAAACCAUUUGCAGGGCAAACUAGAGGAAAACCGGAUUCUAGAGUCACAGUACGUGAAGAUGUGGCAAGACUUGCAUCAGAGAAUUGAUCAGAAGUACAGUGAGGACCUUAUGAAGGCCAAGCUUGAAAUACAGAUGAGGGAAUUGGAAGAUGCCAGUGUAAAGAUGGAGAAUCAACUUGGGAGCAGCGAUAAGCUGGACUCAUUUCUACAGCAAUACAUCGAUCUCCGGACCGAGUAUCACGUUAAGAGAGAGCAGUUGGGUACUUGGAAUGCUCAGGGGGAGCUGAAGAUACGAUAA